AUGUCGGAUCUACCAAGCUUAAGUUCUUUCCAAAGCGACAAACCGCUUCUGGACCACCUAACCAGUAAUUCCUCUCCUCUAGUUGUCAUCCCUUGCACUUACUGGGAAAGGCCAUGCGGCUAACAAUAGACAGUCGACCUCAUCCUCGCAAUUCUCAACCAUACCUUCCUCAACCCCAUUUUCACCUGGUUAAUCCCUCUAACCUACCGUGCUCAAACUUUCCAAUACCACCAUCCACCACUCUACCUGUCUAUCGCCUACGCUGCCUUUGUAACGGUCCUGUGGAUAGCAAAGCAGGUCAACCGCCGUCUAGCCUAUGGCGCGAAACGCGAAUUUGACUGGAUGGAGGAAGUGGUAGUCAUCACCGGCGGUGCCAGUGGUCUAGGACUCUUGAUUGCGGAGGUAUACGGUAUGAGGGGCGUUACGGUUGCGGUGCUCGACGUGAGAGAGCCGGAGGGUGGCGAAGCGCGGAAUGUAGAGUUUUAUAAGUGUGACGUUGGCGACAGGAAGCAGGUUGAGGCUGUUGCUAAGGAUAUUGAGAGGGACUUGGGAACACCGACGGUACUGAUCAAUAAUGCUGCGAUUGUCAAUGGAAAGAAGAUUUUGGAUCUUUCGGCGGAAGAGAUCGAGACGUAUAUUCCCCCUCCAGCUUUCCCCGUUCUAAAGCUCGCUAUCGGACAGCGGUGGUGUUCGAUAGAUAACUAAUGCGUUACCAACGUCCAGGAACUUCAAAACGAACCUUUUCUCAUCAUUCUACACAAUCAAGCAAUUCCUCCCAGGCAUGCUAAAGCUAAAUCGCGGCUCAAUUAUCACAAUCUCAUCGGUCCUCUCUUCAAUCGCCCCAGCCCAACUCUCGGAUUACGCCGCUUCUAAGGCAGCCCUAAAAUCUCUCCACUCCUCCCUCACCGCCGAACUCGCCGGCCAACCGGGAGUCAAGACGCUCCUCGUCACUCCCGGGCAACUCUCGACCCCCCUAUUUUACGGCAUUAAGACUCCCAAUAACUUCCUCGCACCGGUGUUAGAGCCCGUUGACGUUGCCAAGGAGAUUAUCGCCGCAAUUGAUGGAGGAUUGGGUGGACAUAUUUCCAUGCCCGUAUACUCGAGGUGGAUCGGGGUCAUGGAGGUUUUGCCAGUUAGUAUUCAGAAGCUCCUGAGGUGGGCUAGCGGUGUGGAUAGGGCAAUGGCGGGGUUCAGGGGGCGGAAGGCAUUGGAUCAGGAGGGGAACAGGACUUGGUAG